CUAAAAAGCUAAUCACACGAUAAAAGUAUAAGAUGAAGGAAAGAGAGCAACUUCCCCACUUUUUUCAUCACUACUCCUACUGCACCACUGUUUUGUCUGUGUAAACCCAAAAUAAAUAAAUCAAUUUGGUACAUUUCCCCUGUUUCCGACAAAUUAGGGUUUAUGUUCUGCUAAACAAAUUAUUUGGAUUUUAUUUUUCUAAUGAUUUCUCCCAUGGCUUCCAUCAUUCUUCCUCUUAGUCAACUGUGUUUUUUCCCAGGACUGAUAUCGAGGCUUCAAGUUGGAACCAUGUUAUAAGAUUCUAAGAAGCCGUCGAAGAUGGAACAAUAUCUGUAAUAUUCGUUGGUGUAGAUAUCUAUCAUUUUUUUCUUUCUAUGAUAAAGUAUUAGCAUCUCUCUAUAUCUAACUUCUGUGAGAAAUAUUUGUUCUCUUUGGAGAAUAUCUUACAAUUAGAUCACUGGAAAGCGAUAAAAUGGUUGUCUUGCGUACAUAGGUCUUGGUGAAUGGUGUAACUGUGUAAAGAUUGUAGUAUUCUCAAGGUUCGUAUUUGUUAGGUUGGUAAAUAUAGAACCAAGGGGAUUGGUCUUGUGGGUCUCAUAAAAUAUAGCUAAGACGGGGUCCCUUUGUUGUGUGGCCGCUAGGCCACAUGGGUCUAAUGCAACAAGCCGAGAGUGGCCUAUGGGGUCUCAUGAACCAUAUUGGCGAACUAAUACAAGCUUCUCGCCACCACCAUCAAGAUGGGACUAUAGCUUCCAGCCUGAAGGAAUACAGUAUGGUUCUAGUGACAGCAUUCAGUUGUUUGGAUCUACAUCAUCAAACAGUAAAGAAAGCAGGAGUUGGUUAAGAGGUGGUUAUCAUCCAAAUCACCAAUACUCUGCAUCUGAGGGUGGUGCCCUGUAUUUUAGUAGUCCGUCUGAUGCUUCUCUUAUUCAGCCAUGGACACCCCCACCAGUACGAGGAGUCAGUAUUGAUGAUUUUGAAACUUCUGCCAGGAGAGAUACUAUAUCUGGGCCGUUAAGCUUCACGCCUACAAUGGAGGGUACUUCCAUGGUUCGAGAUGGUGGGGGAUUCAAUUCACCUCACUCAGAUGGUAGUGAGUUUGAGCAUGCAGGAAAGCUGAACCUUUCAACACCGCGAAACUUCCCAAGCCGUCGUUCUUUCAUGUCAAAACCAAUACAUCCUUUAUCCUUCCCAGUUCAUUCAUUUACAAGAGAAGCAUCUGCAAGCCCUGCUGUAGGACUUUCUUCAUAUGAUGCUAUAACUCCCCAGAGGGAUUCUCAUCGGCUGAGCAGUGGCAGUGGCAGUGGCAGUAGCAGUCUUGAUUUGACUGAUAUUUCUGAUCGACUUGAGCCUGAGUUUAAUGCAAAUGAGGGCUUUAAAUGUGGUUUAUGUGAUAGAUUACUUUCGCAGAGAUCACCUUGGAGCUCAAGACGGAUUGUUAAAACUGAAGAUAUGCCUGUUGCUGGGGUUCUUUCUUGUCGGCAUGUUUUCCACGCAGAAUGCUUGGAUCAGACAACUCCAAAGUCCCAUAAAAGUGAUCCUCUUUGUCCUAUUUGUUCUAAACUUGAAAGAGAAAGUUCCCCCGAACAGCCUUCUAUCUUUCCCAGGUUGCGCAAUAAUUUCCCUAGAUUAAGAACUUUCAGUGAAGAGGGAUCAUCAAGAACUUGGGGUUGUGUUCAAGCUAGUGAUUGUGUUACUCCUCAGAAAAGCAGUAUACAGAAAAUUAAAAAGAGUCUCUCUAAUAAAGGGAACUCUGGCAAACUGAAGAAAACAAGCUCACACCCACUGCAUCUUUUUGGUGGAAGAUUUUCUGAUCACGGCACAGGUGGGUGCUCAAAGACUGCAGCAGGUCCUAGCAUUAAGAAAGGAUGAAGCGUCCUAUCAAGGUAAAAUGUUCUUAUGUACUCCGUAACUCGUAACAAUUGUUUUACUGCUCUGAUAGUUUUUAAUGGUGGAUUGGUGGGAGAAGAGAAGCACGGAUCAUUUCCGGUGUCUGGUUUUUGAUAAGAUUAUAAAUCAUAGGUGUAAUUGUGUAAAUCUGUAGUUUCAUUGAUCUAAACUGGUUUACAUUCUCUAGAACACAAUUUGCUGAUGGUUGACAAAUACCCUUAUUCCUGUUAGAUUCUUAGAUGAUGAUAGCAAGUAUUUGAGGAUGUACCAAAAAUUCUGGUGUAAUUUCACUGAUAUAUUUAUGGGGUUUUUCUCUA